AUGCCCCUCCACUGGUUGGCCACCCAGCUUUGGAGAUACCGUGGUACGGUCCUCCUCCUGACCUUUGGGAUUACUCUUCUGCUCAUACUCCUUGGUACUAAUUCUCUCCAGCAUUCAAGUCGUUAUGUUUGGUACAAAGGGUGGAGCGAAACCACAGGAGGGGAAAGGAAAGAACAGCAUGAUCACGCCAAGGAGAGACGAAAUAACAGUUCAUCCCAAGGGCAGGGAGGAAGACGCGAAAACCAGCCCUUUCGCGCAACUGCCGAGAAUGACUCAAAGGGGAGCUACACCGCACAGGGGAGAGGGAUCAGUACUCCGCCUGUUGUUUUUCUCAAAACCCACAAGACCGGAAGCAGCACGGUCCAGAAUCUGUUGUUCCGCAUGGGCGAGAGGGAGACGGCCACGUUUGCGUUCCCCCGUCAAGCCUACCAGUUCAGCUACCCAGAUAAAUUCAGGGCCGAGUUUGUGGAUGAUCUACCCCCUGGCUCGUCUCAGUUCGACAUACUGUGUAGUCACAUGCGCCUGGACUUGGGAGAGCUGAGAAAGGUGAUGCCGCCGAACACCAUCUACAUCACAAUCCUCCGUGAGCCUCUACGGACCUUUGAAUCCAUCUUCUCUUAUUACACUUCCUCGGUUCCCGCUUUUACCUUUGCCAAAAAGGCGAGUGAGGCUACUGAGGCGGGAGAGCGUAAGUCAGCCCUCUCUCUUUUCCUGGAGUCCCCAGAGUCGUUUUGGGACCCCAAGGAGCCGGGCGACGGCCUGGGAAAGAACCCCUUGAGCUUUGACCUGGGCCUGAACAGCCAACAGUGGAACGCCUCCUGGCCGGCUGACUUGUCUCUGCUGGAGGAAACCUUCCAGCUCAUUAUGAUCGCAGAGCAUUUUGACGAGUCCUUGGUACUCCUGGGGGCUCUCCUGAAGCUGGAGCCGGAGGAACUGGCCUACGUGCGCCUCAAUGUACGCGCCGCCCAAGAUGUCACUCCACUGGACGACGUCGCCAAGGCCAGGAUGCGGGCCUGGAACAGUCUGGACGUUCUGCUCUACGACUUCUUCCUGCAGUUGUUCUGGGAGAAGGCAGAGCAGUAUGGCCUGGAGAGGCUCAACGUGGAGGUGGCCUUGCUGAGAGCCUCCACUGAGAGGAUCAGACAGCGCUGCGUGGCUAGGGCAGGGGUGCCUCCUGGCGACCUGGAGGACUUGCUAAGGCCCUGGCAGAGCGAUACGGUUUCUAUCUUGGGUUACCAGGUACGGGGAAACCUGACGCAGCACGAGCAGGGAUUCUGUGUGCGAAUGAUGCUGCCCGAACCUCAGUACCAUGCUCAUCUGUAUUUCCUGCAGUAUGGUCAAGAUGUGAGGGCAAUGCCUGCAAACUGAUUUACGAGUGAAGUCGGUAUGCAGCUUUUCCAUCCUGUGUGUGUAUGUGUGUGUGUGUGUGUGUGUGUG